UCGGUUUCCGGAUCUGCAUUCUUCUUCAAUUAAGAGGAAGACUUUAAACUUUGAAGUUUGAAGAGGAAGACUUGUUGAAGGAAAACAGUGAGAUAGAGAUGUGGAGGAACACAUUACAUUGUUGGGUGUUGAUAUUUGUUUUAAUUUCAUUUUCCUCCUUCGUUUCAUCCAAAGAACAACUAAGCCCAAAGCAAUGUGAGGAUCUGGGUUUCACGGGUUUGGCCAUUUGUUCUGAUUGCAACACUUUUGUUGAGUACGUCAAGGACAAAGACUUAAUAUCUGACUGCAAAAAAUGUUGCACGGAAGACUCGGAUGAUUCUACAAGUAAGAUUACGUAUUCAGGUGCAAUACUGGAAGUGUGCAUGAGGAAACUAGUAUUCUAUCCGGAAAUCGUUGGUUUCAUUGAAGAAGAGAAGGACAAGUUUCCGACAGUUAAAACUCAAUAUCUUUUCAAUUCUCCUCCCAAGUUGAUCAUGUUGGGUGAUGAGGGCCAACAUAAGGAAACUAUAAGAAUUGACAAUUGGAAACGUGAGCACAUACUGCAAUUCCUGCAGAAGAAAGUUCUACUCAAUUCUGCAAGCUCGUAGACACUUUGGUUCAGAUUCCGGUUAUUGCAAGAGAAAAUAGAACCUAAUGCAGCAAGGUUGAGUGAUUUAAUUGUGUUAGCUUUUAUCGUUUUCAUAUAUAUAUGCUUGAUCAUGACAUAAUAAUGGAGUAUACAGUCUAUCAGACACUACUAUAAGGCAAAGUGACAUGAACUAGGUGUGCCCUUAUAAAAAGCAGGGCUCCUGUAUGUAUCAUUUUCAUGCCCCUUGUGAGAAUUCUAAAUUGGAUUGUGAUUAUUAUUAUUA